UAGCACUGGUUCGUGCAAUGCCUCUGGUUCGUGUUAUGUCAACGGUGUAAGAAUAACCGUGGUUAUGCCUUUUAGCUGUUCCAUGUAGGAGAUGGUUUUCACUUAGCUUUUCCUUUUUCACUGUGACUGCAGAAUGGCUCCCUGCAACUAGUAAGCCGCCGUGCGCUAUUGCGCUCUGUCGUCAGAUAAGGUUCUGAGGAAAAAAAAAAAAGAAAAAACGAUAAUGCCAAAGGCACCGAAGGCACGGAAAAAGCUCCUGCUAGCUGCACCGGUCUCGAUGCGAUGGCCGACAGUUGACGACGAGUGUCGCUCUCGGCUACUGGAACGCUUCCGAAACAUGACUGGGAGCUGGGAUUCGAAGACGCAGCCCCACCUCGUACUGGGACUUAACGCUACUGCUCGAGCUCUUGAACAGGCCCGACUGUCAGCGCUGCUAUUGAACUCUUCGGCGGAUCCCCCAAGGCUCGUGCAUGGACUCAUCAGGCUGGCACGAAACAAAAAUACAGCCGUACUCUGCGUCAGCGAGCUUCAGGAGUGGGUGCCCGGCCUAGGUUCUUUGCUGGCGUUGGGACUGCGGCGAACGGCACCUGCUUCGAAAUCAGUUGACGAUUUCUUGAACUCGGUGCGACUGAAUGCCGGUACUUAUUCCGAAAAGGCGUUUGGAAAUGGCAGCACUGUGGAAUCAAAGGAUGGAAAUGAAAUGGUAGGCGAGACUGCAGUAACAUCCACAGCCUCUGAGCCCAGGGAUACAGAGCCGGCUAUAAGUGCGAAGAGAAGAACGGGUGAAAGCAAGAGUAGUGAGCCGUUCUCGGAAGAAGCAGCGGAAACUGACUGUGCGAAAACUAAAGACUCGCCUGAAGCACAGGUCGAAAUAUUACAUUCAGAAAUCUGCGCCACUAAAGAUAGACUGGCAGCAUCAGUUUCUGUAGACAUCGAGCUUUCCGAAGACGGCGGUUUAGGAUUUCCUGACUAUGAAUGGGAUUGUGGCAGCCUAGUUGAGGUAAUUGAAUCGCCUUCCUGUGCACCACAAAUGACAAAAUCAGUUGGUGUGCAUUCUGCUCACCAAGCGUCAUGUUUAGUCAAAGCUAACAUCAAGCAAGUUUUCUCAAAAGGAAAGCUGAAGACAAAAAAGAAGCGUGGAGUACCUAAGGCAAUUAAAUAAGUUUGAAACUUCAUAA